CGAGCCAAGAUCAAGCAAUCACACGAUGGCGGACCCGAAGCCACGCCUGAAUCCGAUGGAGCUCAAGCGGCAACGCUUGGCCAAGCGGCUCAAGGCGGAGCCAGCGGCCAAGCCGCCAUCGCCGACGCCCGCGACGCCGCUGCCAGCCGUGACAUUCACCGAGUCGCCAGCCAUGGACGUCGAGGCGCGCAUGAAGUCGAUCUACGCCAAGACGCGCAUCGAGCCAAGCGCUCUUCGCAACACGUUGGGCGUGCAAUACCCUACGACGCUCGAGGUACGAGUCCCAUAA